AGAAGAAAAUUGAUGCAAAAAAUAAAAUACAAAGAAAUAAUGCCGGCAAGCUUCUGCAGCUGGGGCGGGUGGGCUAAGUGCGUGUAUUGGAGGCCCUGUCUUCGGAUGUAGCAAAUCGAGGGCAGCCCAACCUUUCCUCCUGCUGACGCUCUUCUCACGCCUUCCAACUCUCCACACCUGCCUGGUUCAGAUCUCUUCCCCUGCCAGCCGGUGAAGGUCAGAGUCCGAGGGUGCUACCGCCUCGUCAGCUCCAGAAAUUGCCCUGGCGGCGCUCCUUUCCUCUCAACUUCAAGACCGGAGAUCUGCGCGGGAGUGGCUCUCUGCGCAUCCAACCCACCCUCAGCAUCGCCGCUGGUCUUCUCUCGGCAGGGAAGGGUGGGAUUUAAGCUUUUCCGUUCGUCGCUAUGGAUAAACUGGCUGAUGCAAACUCGCAGUUUGCGCUGGAUCUUUUCCAAAAGUUGAAGGAAGCCCACCCAACCGGCAACGUUUUCUUUUCUCCGCUCAGUUUAUCGUCCGCCCUGGCCAUGGUCGUCCUAGGGGCCCGGGGUAACACAGCCUCGCAACUCUUGAAGACACUUCAUUUUGAUGGUGUUGAAGACCUUCAUUCAGUAUUUCACACGCUCAAUGAUAAAAUUAAUCGGAGCAAUGCACCUUAUAUAUUGAAACUUGCUAAUAGGUUGUAUGGAGAAAAAACUUUCAACUUUUUGUCUGAUUUCUUGAAUAGUACCCAGAAUUUGUAUGGAGCUGAGUUAUCUACAGUGGAUUUCUCAAAUGCUCCAGGCAAGGCAAAAAAGGAAAUUAACCAAUGGGUUGAACAGCAGACUGAAGGUAAAAUCCCUGAGUUGUUAUCUGAAGGAUCCAUCAGUGAAAUGACUAAAUUGGUUUUGGUGAAUGCUGUCUACUUUAAAGGCAACUGGGCAAAGGCAUUUAAAGAAGAAGAUACUGAAGACAAGCCUUUUAGACUAAAUAAGACAGAAAAGAAGACUGUGAAGAUGAUGUUUAUGAAAGAGAAACUUCCUUUUCAUUAUAUCGCUGACUGCAAGUGUCGUGUGCUGGAACUGCCCUACAAGGGAAAGCAUCUUAGUAUGAUCAUCCUUUUGCCUGACAGCAUUGAGGAUAAUUCCACAGGCCUGGAACAGCUGGAGAAGCAGCUUACUUUGGAAAAACUGCAAGAAUGGACCCAGCCCGAAAAUAUGAAUUCCGACGUGGACGUCUAUGUACAUCUACCUAAAUUUCAGCUGGAAGAAAACUAUGACCUUAAAUCUUACUUUGCAGCACUGGGGCUAGUAGAUGUGUUUGACAGUGGAAAGGCUGAUUUGUCUGGAAUGUCAGGAGCUCAGGAUCUCCAUGUGUCUAAAAUUGUCCACAAGUCCUUUCUGGAAGUAAAUGAAGUGGGCACUGAAGCAGCAGCUGCUACUGCUAUACCUGUGGCUUUUUGUCUGCUCAUGGAGGAAAAUUUUAAUGCUGACCAUCCUUUCCUAUUUUUUAUCCGUCAUAAUCCAACAAACGCGAUACUUUUCCUUGGUAGAUUUGCUUCUCCAUAAACAGUAUCGUAAAUCAGAAAACUUCCAGCCUCCUAUAAAAUAUUCUACACUACUACACUAUAAAAUUUCUCUGCCUGCUUGGGGGAAUUGAACAAGUUGGGUUCCUCCAGAUCUGGGGUGUCAAACCCACGUUGUCACAUUACGUAUCACUCCCCCCCCCAACUUCGCUAGACUGGGGGUGGGGAUGGCCAGUGCAUGAUGCAUCUGAGACCCACAGGCUGCAAGUUUGACACCCCUACCCCAGAUGUUUUCCAUGAUUUUCUUGAUUUUCUGUUAACAGAUUUUAUGUGACACUUUGC